UACAGGGGAUGACCAGAGACUGUGGACAUAAUACAGGAGAUGGACCAGAGACUGUGGACACAGUACAGGAGAUGACCAGAGACUGCGGACACAGUACAGGAGAUGGAUCAGAGACUGCGGACAUACUACAGGAGAUGACCAGAGACUGCGGACACAGUACAGGAGAUGACCAGAGACUGCGGACACAGUACAGGAGAUGACCAGAGACUGCAGACAGUACAGGGGAUGACCAGAGACUGCGGACAGUACAGGAGGUGACCAGAGACUGCAGACAGUACAGGGGAUGACCAGAGACUGCAGACAGUACAGG